GGUCCGGCCCAGGAACCAGAUGUCCAGAUCGAAGAAAUUAAAACGGGAAAAUAAAUAAAUAAACAAAUAAAUUAAAAGCAGAGCAAAAUUCUAGUGAUUCUUCUUCAGUGCUUCAAAGAAAACUUGAGAAAUAAUUUUAUCCAACAAAUAAAAUUUGGAAGCUUCAGAAAAAUGUAUGGGUGAAUAUAAUGACCAAAUCCAUUUCCAAAAUAACUUAUCUGUGGGAACAGUUUCAUAUUCUAGAUUUUUCUAUUUAUGCAUUUGUGCUAUUGCUUUCUAGGGUUUUCUUCUCUUUCUUCAAUCCAAAAGACUCAGGUUUUGGAACAUUGAAUAGAUCUAAUUACGCAGUAGUUGCUCCAUGGAGACACAUAUUGAUUUCGUGCAAUGGCUUGACACUGACGUGUCUCUGAACAUCCUGAUGUGUUUGAAGGAUCCAGCUGAUGUGGUCCGUGCUGGCUCUGUUUCGCGCCUUUGGCACGAAUUUGUGGUUACCAAUGGACUCUCCAAGCAACUGUGUCUGGGAAGGUUUCCACAGCUUUCUAGGAUUGCCCGUAUAACAGAAUUAGAUGCAAGUGCAGCAGAACCAAAAGAUGUUGGGUCUAGCAAUUCCAACUGGGAGACUUUAAAAAGAGAUCAUGAAGUUUACGCUUCUCUACUUCAAGCUAUUGAAACAUCAAAGUCAUGUCGAAGUGAUUGCAUAGGUUAUGCAGUCAGUGCUUCAAGCACGGAUAAUUAUCCAGAUGAAAGUAUUGUCAAUACUUUAAUUCCAAGGGACAGAUAUCUAAAUAGACCUUCAUACUGGUCAAGUAAAGGACACAGUGACCUCAACGCCCCUGAGACGCUAAUUUACAAAUUGAAAGCUGAUGUAUGUGUGAUCAAUGAAGUUGAUAUACAACCUUUUGAAGCUUAUUUCCAGCCCGGCAAGCCCAUUUACUCUGCAAAAUCUGUUCGAUUUCGAUUAGGGUAUCCCAAAUCCUCGAGAGAUGAGAGUGAUCUCCUGCAAUUGCCCCAGCAACAGCCUGCUGAUGACAAGUUUAUAUGGACAUAUACUUCUGAAGAAUUCCCUAUGACACAGGAAAAUUGCUUUCAGCGGUUCAAUCUACCCGAGCCUGUGCUUUGCAUUGGUGGAUAUCUGCAGAUUCAGCUUUUGGGCAGAGUUCAGAGACAAGAAAUGGACGACUUGUUUUACAUAUGUAUUUGUCAUGUGAAAGUUGUAGGGCGACCUCUCAGCCCUGCAUUCGACAUAGAGGUCCUAGAACCGUCUCGAGAAUUUGUACUGAAGUACAAUCGAGAUGUUUUCGGUUGCAUGUUGCAGAGCAUGACUAAUGGAGGUCAUCAAGAAUCAAAUGUGCCUCAAACACCAUCAGAGGGAUUUGUGCUUGAUGCAGGCCUUCUGGAGUAUUUAUUACAGGGUUACCAGCCGGGUGUCGAACCCAUGGAAUGGGACGAGGACGAUGAUGAUGAAAUGGAUGAACCCUUGUAGAUGAGACUACAAGGUUUUAGAGGUGCAUAAACCCUUGUAGAUGAGACUGUAUUACUGAUGAUCCGUUGUAGAUGCUUGUAUUAGGCUUUUGCAUUUUUAUCAAAGAAGAGUUGCACUAUUGUGCAUGCAAUGACAUUUUCAUUAGCGGGUUGGAGCUUUUUGUUAAAAGAUAUCACUGUAUUUCGUUUGUUUGCUGUUUUCAUUGGAUUGAUUAUACAGAAUCGAAGACGGUACUCAAUUUCUUAAAAUCA